GGUAUAGCUUGCGGACAGAAUGGCGCUGCGAAGGUUGGUUCGAUGUUGUCGUUCAUUACUUCAUGAACACAAACAAGCGAAAAACUGGAUUGAAAGUCGCACAGGAGCAAAAAGAUACCUGCUCUCCGAAGAUGUGAUCAGACUUCAAAACCUUCAAGAAGCAAAGCUCCAAUUGGCUCAUUUUUCAGAUGAAACAAAAGAAAAUUUUAUCAGAAUGUUCAACCGGAAGCUAAAAAAUAAUGAGCUGAUUUUACGACAUGAGCUGAAGCAGUUGCUUCACUUGUGCCAGUCUCCAGAUGACAUGGUGACAGCCCAAAAUGCCAUCUACAGGUAUCAUGAGGAAAACCGGAACUUUGCACAUGGAGAGUAUAAGUUUGGUCCCAUCUUCAUGAGACUGUGUUAUGAGUUUAGUCUCGAAACGAUGGGAAUUGCUACGCUUACUGAUGAGAAUAUGAGAGGAUUUUUCAAUGAUGUGACUUCCUUUAACAUUGGUAUUGACAUGCUAUUCACGAAAGGUGAAUAUGAAAAUGCCCUGGAGGUACUCCAAACUAUGAAGAGUCAAGGUGUACCAUUCAAUAAGGACACUUUCACACUUGCCUGUGGGACCUGCUACAAAAUGAACACACCAGAGUCCUUCAGGUUGUGCAUUGAUCUAAUAGAGAACGGACAGAACAAAGAACCAGUUUUCCCCAGACAUGCUUACUACUUUGCUGUUGCAUUGGCAAUUCGACAGAAUGACAUUGAAAAGGCUCGGUCAUUCUAUUCCCAAAUUAUGAACAAAGAGAGCAGAUUGUGUCAAAAUCUCAACGUGAUGAUUCUAGUAAUUGCGGGUGCAAUACUGGAGGUCAUUUCCUUCUUGUCUACAGCAGUGUUGCCAAAAGGGUCUUCAUUUGUGAAGAAGGUGUUGUUUUCUCAAGAGGUGCUGGAUGCACUGCACGUGCUGAGUAAGGAUGGGCCAUACCAGAUGGAGGUGGAACACUUAACGGCUCAGCUGAAACAGGCUGGACAGGUGAGCCAGCAGACGCUGGAUGAGCUGCUGUGCCAAACACCCAAAGGGAAGAGGAAGCCGCUAGCAGCAAUGCAUAGGAGGAACCCCGGCCGAAGAACUGUGAAGCCUUUACAUUACACUUUGCUGUCAGAUUGACAACCAACGGCUGCCAUCAUCAACUCUGCAGUGUUAAUUUAAACACUGUACAAUGGUUAUCACCAGAGGUUGUCACAGUUUUAAGUUACACCUCUCCUGUCUGAUUUUCAUCCUUCUGCACUCUGGAUUCUGGUUGUUUUUUUGUUUUUUUUAUUUCCCCAACUUUAUCCAGAAGGAAAACAGCUGCUUAUGGAAAAUGUUCAGAGGGAACCUUAAGCUCCAAAUAGUUGUUUCUUUAUGGGCCACAUAUAAAUGAGUGAUUUGCGAAAUGUGUGAAUGAAUGAAGAAUAAAUGUCAGUAAUAAAGUCAUACUUAGUUUAUAAUUUGUUGUGUCCGUCUGUGUGGGCUUGGCUGCUGUACACUUGCCAUCGAGUGUGGCUGAGGAGCUGGAGGUGUGGGAUGAGCUUCUUAUUCUGCUGCCACCAUGACUUAGACUC